CAACACGAGUCUGACAUUGGACUUCUCCAGCUCAUUAUUCCGUAGUUCAGAUAUCACAGAUGAAUCUUCCCUCUAAACUUUGAUGCAGGUCGUGUUACGCUAUACUUGACCGUACCACUGUGAAUCUCAAUACUUUGCAGUGAGCGGUUUCUUUUUGCAGAAUAAGGAGAAUCUAUCAGUUUCGGCCAGGUAAUCUCUCAGGUCGGCUUUUGCUUCGACGAGAUGUUUUGUCCUUUAUGAAAUGGUUCGACUAAAGAGAUGUUGAUUCGCAGGAGUGGAGGAGACUGCAGUGGAGGUUCUAACAUGUGCACCUGACUCACCGUCAAAUAUAGAUUCCUCACACGCUUCACACACCCUUACUCGCAACUUAUACGGGCCGACAACAAUUAUUUUUCUUACUCAGAAUCAUACGGUAUACCCGCUUGUAUCGAGUCUCGUGCUGGAGAUUAUUUUCCACAAGCUGGAGACGGUGAGAAAUGUCUUUGACACAUCUUGCCUUGAUACUCUCACCUGCUGGAGGAUACUGGAUACCAUGGUUUACGACGUUAACCUGCAAGAGCAACACGCUAGCAACUUGUUUGACCUACGUGGGGUGGUCGCUGUUGUAACGGGAGGAGGAAGCGGUAUCGGGCUAAUGAUCGGCUCAACCUUGUUAACCAACGGCGCAACAGUCUACAUCAUUGGACCGGGGCAAUCAAAUUUAGAUAGGAUCGCGAGGAUAUACAACGAAGCAGCUGAAAAGAUUCCAGGAGGAGGUAGGAUGAUCGGUUUGGAGGGUGAUAUUAGCUUGAAAUCCGAAGCCAAACGACUUGCUGAAGAAAUCGGCUCUCGAGAGCCGUACGUCACAGUCCUCUUCAACAACGCCGGAAUCAUGGCCGGAAAUUUCGUACCACCCACCAUCCCCAGCUCAUCAGCCUAUGUUUCAGCGUUUUUUGAUGCUAUCAAACAGGAAGAUUUUAACAACGUUUUGAACACCAAUUCUGUAAGCGCAUACUGGAUGACAUUUGCGUUCCUUCCUCUGUUGGAGAAAUGGAAGAAUUCGACGGAACAAGUUACAAAAAAAUUUGUUCCGCAAGUGAUCAUGACUAGUAGCAUGAAUGGUUGGACCAAGGACUCUGCCACCUCUGGAUGGUCAUACCCUUAUUUAUUCUCCAAGAGCGCCAUUGGACACGCAACAUCAACUCUCGCUCAUGAACUCCUUCCAUUAGGUAUCCGCGUGAACGGAAUCGCUCCAGGUCUAUUCGCUACAGAAGUAUGUUCUAGGACUGUAACAGGCGGAACCCUUGAGUUCACGAAACGCGUACUAGAUGACAGCUUCCGGUUUGUCCAACAAAGCCGGGGUCUCUGUCCUCCCUCCCGAUAAGAAAAUCGGGUUCGAAGUUCCAGCUUUGAAGACUGGUGGUACCAGACGGGACGUUGGCGCACUUGCCCUGUGUUUGGUAGCGAAUUGGUAUAUCAAUGGCGAGACAGUCUUGAUUGACGGAGGAACACUCCUGAAACAUCCUUCCUCCUAUUGAAUCUUGACUUGAAGAUGGGACUACGAACAAUAGGUGACAGUUGUAAGUCGACUAUGUACGUUGUACAAACAACUACUCGUACUCCAACGCGAGUCGCCGAGCAAUCUUGGAUAUUUCAACUUCACUCGGGGUUUGCAUGUGAAGUCUUGGUCGAACUUCAAUUUGGAUGGCCCCAGUUGUCCUUACAUUGAGUGAAUCUUGACCACCUGUACUGGUUCCUCCGUCGAUCUGGGCCCAUCGCGAUAACAAGAAACGGAGUACCUCAAAAUUGAAAAAUUCCUGCAGAUUUCAGAGCAGUAGGGGAAUUAUGUGCUAGGCUAUCGUCGAAGUGCAUGUUUCUCCCCCGCAAAAGAAAAGAGAACUUUGCGAGCUUACCAGACAUUAUUCAUCAUCUUCGC